AUGACUCGGGGAAAACAUGCAGCCGACUGCAUCUCCCAUUCAAUCAGUUCCCAACCCGCGAAUUUCGUAUGGAUCUCCGAUGCCCUUUUGACGCAGACUCUCUCCCGUUUCUGCCAGCAGCGACGCCAUGGUAGCUGCGUUCCGGGCCCGUUGGAAGCUCGUAGAAGGGCGUCGCGCAGGAAGACCACAAGCCUGGCCUUCCCUUCCUGGGGGGAUGUUUUCACCAACCCGUCCGAGCUUAUAGAACGUGGCGCGCAGCCGGCUGCAUGGUGGCAGAAUGGUGUGAACUGGAGUCCGGAUCAGAGGAAAGCCCGUCACUCAUUGCUUUCAUGGCUACUACGCCCUCCGAAACCUCCUCCUGUACAGGCCGUGGCCCCUGAUGCUAUACAUACCAUAAGUGAGCCCGAACCAGCUCUGUUAUCCGGGCUUGUGGCAGACGCGUUGCUGCCAAAUAUAGAGGGAUGCCAGACACUAGACGAUAUCCGAAUUCGAAUACAACAGCGCCCUAUCAAUUUGCAGUGUGUUCCAGCCUUCUGUGACACCGUCCUUGACCACCUCCUCAAAUCGCCUAACUGGGCCAAAGAGAUUCCAGCACUGUUGACGGCUCCUGAAUUCCACCCUGCGGGUUCAUCCUUGCAUCUCAAGUUCUUCACCAAACUACAAGGGCUCCCUCUGGCACUCCACACGUGGGAACUUAUACGGAACUCCAUUUUCCAAGCUACAACGUUGGGGUUGGUCUCUCCAUCGGAUCUCCGCAACAUCUUCGCCAUAGCUGGCAGCAUGAAACUGCCAUUACCCAAAGCAUCUACUGCACGUACACACAAGGGAAACUUCCUUCACGGCCUAGUAAUGGCUAUCAAUCGCUCUUCGGUCCUGCACCUGAGUGACCUUGGGAAGCCAUGUCUGAAGAAUCUCAUAAGUCUUCUGGGAAAACACGCAAGGUUUAGCAACGCUCUGUUCGUUCUUGGUCCGUGGGCAACUGAAGAGAACGCAGAUGUUUUCAUCCGUGUUGUGCUCAUGCGACUAAAAGAUAUGCCUCGAACGCAAGAAUUGAAGGGCGAUGCGACGUACGACCUUGCCAGCGAUCUUUCGAAGUUGAAGACAGCCGUACUGCUGCAAGCACUUCCACAGGUAUCGAUGCACCUUCUCGGUAACCAUCCACACGGACCAACAAAGAUCAACAUUGGCAAAUUGACAUUCAAUAAAAUCCUCAAAUUUAAGAAAGUACCUAGGUUCUUGGUCAAUUGGAGACUGACACUAGCAUACCUGGGGACCAUUACAAGCAAUAUGACCACAGAGAAUAAUCUGUUCACCAAUAUUCUCAAUGGCAGCCCUGAUCAGCAAUAUUCACAGCUUCUGGCAGCUGCCUGGACCUACAUUAGCAUGUGCCAUGACUACGCGGAAUCCCGUUCGCUGUUACAGCACGCGGGAUUUGCAUCAGUCUUCUGUCAGGUGUCUCAAACUGAGUCUAAUCCUUUCACCAAUGAUCGUCUCGGUCGCCUUGUUGUGGAGGUCUACCAGCUCGCGAUUCCCAACAAAAGUUUCUUGAUUUCCAACAUCGCACCAUUUAUUUUCAACCGUUCUAAGCUCGUAACUUCCCAAUCGCAACAUAGAACAGCCUUACAAGGUCUGAUCAACCGAGACUAUUCUAUGCUGGUUGGCGGCAACAUGUUUCGGAAUGCUUGGCAAAAUUACCCCUACGAGCUGGUUGACCUCGCCGAGUCUAUAAAUCCACAUCUUGCCCUGUUUAAAGUGCUUUCAAGAAAAUGGAUUUAUCACGAAUGGGAGUCUUACUUCGUAAUCAAGCGAUUGCUCAGGCACAAUCACUAUCUCAAAGUACUCUUGUCUCAACUGGGACCCGAUGGUACUCCAUUCAGAAUCGCCCAACACUAUAAGAAGACUCACCAACUGCAGGCAGAAGGCAUGCCAACGCCACUCGAAGCUCUCAGCUUCAUCAACCACGUUGCGGCGUCUAUUGCGACAACAGAGAUGUUUAGCCCUCGAGGGCGUCUCAACAAGCUCUACUGGCUGUAUCUCUACUUACACAAAACAAGAGCUCCGAUUACCAAGGAAUUCACGCAAGCGCUGUGGUAUGUCUGUAUGCUCCAGAGGGGUGGACGAGGCCCAUCAUGGGAGUUGCUGAAGUGGGUGCUGGAGCAAAUCACAAUCGCCGAGGGCGCAGAUACCGCCACGCUUCUCCAAGUGAGCUCAAUUGCUCGACAAAAACGGCAGGAA